AUCGUAUGUACUUGAUUUCAGUAGUUACAACUGAAAACAUGGCGCCCGAAUGAAGGACGCUCAGUUAAGUGCAUGCAAUACGUUGUUAAAUUUAUAUUCUUAAUAAUAUUACAUAUUUAGUAGGAAAUGAGUAAUCUGUCACCAUUUGGGGGUGGUAAAAACCCACCAUGGGUUCGUAAUGCAGGUCAGGGAAUUCAAAAUAUUCAACAGCAAAUGUUAGGUCAGGCAAUGGGUGGCAUAGGUGGACAACCUAUGGUUCAAUAUCAACAACAAACUCAACAAGUUUAUCAACAAAGUUUAGGGUUACAACAGCCCAAUAUAACAAUGGCAUCAAUGGCAACACUUGGAUCUAAUUUGCCAUCGGGUAUAGCUGGACAGUUAUAUCCUCAAGUAGCAACUGUUUCGUACCCAACACCAAGAGCAUUAAACACAAAUGCAUUUCAACCUUCUGUAGCUGGUGUUCCACAACAGGUACAACAAAAUGUACCUUCGUCGUCCACCAAACAGAGAGUUUUUACUGGCACAGUUACCCAAGUAUACGAUAAUUUUGGUUUUGUCGAUGAAGAUGUAUUCUUUCAAACAAAUGCAUGUGUUAAGGGAUCAAAUCCUGUUGUGGGCGAUCGUGUGCUUGUAGAAGCAUCUUAUAAUCCAUCCAUGCCAUUUAAAUGGAGUGCUACAAGGAUACAAGUGCUCCCUAUGGGAAAUAAUAAUAGCAAUUCUAAUACACAGCAGAAUAAUCAAACUACCAGACAACAACAGCAACAACAACAGCCGCAACAAAAUCGAACUUCUGGAACAUACAAUGCAGUUCCUCCACCUACUGAAAAUCCUAAUAAUAGAUUUACCACAAGUGCAGCUAGUGCUAACACAGUCAGUAAUCGCAGCAAAGUUGGUAGAGUGAGGGAAAGAUCUCCACGAGAGCGAAAGAAUGAAGAGGACGAAAUUGAAAGGAAAAGACGUCGUGAGGAAAGAAUCAGGGAACGUGAGAAAAAAGAGGAACGUAGUCCAUCAAGGACAAGAAGAAGUAAGUCUCCUAGACCAAGAAGGCGUACUAGAGUUGUACCUCGUUAUAUGGUCCAAAUACCAAAAAUAGCACUUGAUUUGCCUGAAGCUGAUGUACUUGAGAUUAGGAGACGCUAUCAAAAUAUGUAUAUUCCUAGUGAUUUCUUUUCUACCAACUUCCGAUGGGUUGAUGCUUUUCCACCUCAUAUGCCGUUCGCUCUUAACAAACCAUGUUCUUUUCAUGUUAUGCAUAAAGAUGUUGACCCUUGUACUGAAAAUACAGCAGUACUAGAACCUUCUGAUGCUGAUUACAUUUUCUCUGCAAAGGUUAUGUUGAUAUCCAUGCCUGCCAUGGAAGAGAUAUAUAAACGGUGUUGCGGUGUAUCUGAGGAUAGAGAUCCAGAUCGUGAUUAUGUACAUCCAACACGUUUAAUAAACUUCUUGGUAGGCUUACGUGGUAAAAAUGAAACCAUGGCUAUUGGCGGACCGUGGAGUCCUUCAUUGGAUGGACCUAAUCCUGAAAAGGAUCCAUCAGUUCUGAUUAGGACAGCAGUGAGGACUUGUAAAGCACUUACGGGGAUAGAUCUGUCCAGCUGCACUCAGUGGUACCGCUUCCUGGAACUCUACUACAGACGUGCAGAAACGACCCACAAGUCAGGGCGAGUGGUGCCCUCUCGCGUUGAAACCGUCAUACUAUUUCUCCCAGAUGUUUGGAGCUGUGUACCUACCAGAUUGGAAUGGGAUGGCCUGCAACUCAGCUAUAAGAAACAACUGGAGCGAAAAUUGCUACGUGCUGCCUCUAACCCCGACGAUUCGGAUGCUACCAAUGACACUGAUGAGGCUGCCGUCGCUGAUCAAAAGGAUGAUACAGUGCCCGAGAAGAAGGACCCUACUCAUUAUUCUGAGUUGGAUCCAAAAUCUAUGAAUGUGAAUGACCUAAGGCAAGAGUUGGCUGCUCGUAAUUUAAAUUGCAAAGGCUUGAAGUCUCAGUUACUUGCAAGAUUAACAAAGACAAUAGCUUCUGAACAAGCGAAGGAAGAAGGUAGACAGGAUGAUGUAGAAGAAAACGAGAAAGAUGUUUCACCACCGCCAAAGGAAGAGGAGGACAAAAAGUUUAGAGACACUAAAGAUCAUGAUGAAGAUAGAAAAAAGCUGUGUGAACGUGAACGUAUUGCUCUAGAGAAACGAUACACUUUACCGGAAUCUUCACACAUUAUCGUACAUCCUUCCAGAAUGGCUAAAAGUGGAAAAUUCGAUUGUACUGUUAUGUCUUUAAGUGUAUUGUUGGAUUACAGGCCAGAAGAUACAAAGGAACAUUCUUUCGAAGUAUCAUUAUUUGCGGAACUUUUCAACGAAAUGCUGAUGAGAGAUUUUGGUUUUCGCAUUUAUCGUGCACUAUGUAGUCUUCCUGAGAAACCCAAAGAAAAGGAUGAUGAUAAGAAAAAAGACAAAAAAGACGAUAAAAGAGACGAAAAGAAAGAUGAUAAAAGGAAAGAUGAUGAAAAAAAAUGUGUUAGAAAAGAUGAUCGUAAAGAUGACAAGAAAAGAGAGGGAAGUAAGGAUAAAAAAGAUGAAAAGGAUGCGAAGAGUAAGAUAGACGAUAGAGAUCGUGAAAAAGACAAAAAUGAUGACGAUGAAGAUGAUGAUGAAGACGAGUCCGAUGACGAUGAUUCAAUUAAAGAUGGUAGGAAAGAUAAAGACAAAGAUGGACGGAAGAGGAAGACAAAAUUGUAUACACACGAUCCUUACCUUCUACUAUCGUUUGUUUACUUUGAUCAAACUCACUGUGGAUACAUAUUCGAUAAAGACAUAGAGGAACUUAUUUACACUUUAGGAUUAAAUUUAUCGAGAGCUCAAGUUCGUAAGUUAGUACAAAAGGUUGUAACAAGAGAUUCUUUGCAUUACCGCAAAUUAACUGACAGAUCGAAGGAAGAUGAUCCUAAGGAAGAUAAGAAAGAUGACAAAGACAUUGAUAAAAGUGAAUCUUCUAAAACUGAAAGCGAAGAAGAGAUAUUACGUUCAUUAGCACUCGGGAAUAAAAAAUUAUUACCCGUCUUUGUUGGAAGUGGUCCACCUUCGAAGAGGGCACGACGAGAUAAUACACUUGCAGAACAUUCUGAAGAAUCGACUAUACCUGAAGGUUAUGUUAUGUAUAAAGGAUCUUUACUAGACGUAGAGAAACUCGUCAGUCAAUUGAAAAGAUCAGAAAAAGCUCGAUUAGACACCGAGGAACGCAUGAUGGAGUUGCAACAUGAAUUAACGGUGGUCAAUGAAAAAUCUACAAAACAAACGAAUAAUAUUAAGAUUCUGUCUGAAGAUUUGAAAAUGUAUAAAGACAAAUUAAGAAAUACGGAUGAAAAAUUAAAAAAAUCAACGACUGAAUGCCAUACGUACCUCACUGCAGUAAAAAAUAUGUAUCAUAUAGCCGCGAAGAUGAUGCAAUCAGACAUAAAAAAGGUGGAGGUAGUAGAAAUACAGGAUGAGAAGAUCAGCGAAGUAAACGGGUCGGAAGUCGAAAAUAAAUAUAAAACAGAUACAAGAUGGGGCGACACUAAAAUUACAAUAAAAAAAGAAGUUGCAGAAACAGAUAAAGACAAGAAAUGUGACAAUAAAGUCUCUGUUAAGAAAGAAGUUACAGAAUUCGAGAAAGAAAAAAAGUAAAAGAUAUUGCAGUUUUUUUAUUAAUGAAAAAUGUAAGCGCACCGGUACAAAAUUCUAAUUGUUGUAACAGCAACAGAUAAAUGGGGAAAAAUUUUAUUAUGAAAAUAGUAUAACUCUGAAGACUCUGUUUUAUAACUUUUUUCACUCAUUGACACUGUCUUUGUGCGUAUUAUAUUAGAAAGAAAAUGGAGCAGCAUUCUAGUGAAAAUAAGUGAUACUAAAUAAUAUAGAUACUAGAAUCAUUACAUUGCAAAAUUUCAUAUGCGUCGACUUUUCCGCAGAUAAACAAAAUUCAUAAAAAUACUUCAAAUAUGACCCUGAUCUGCCAUAAAGUGCCAGAUAUUGAAGUGAAUAAGUUUACAUUGAAUAUUGCCAUUUGACCAGUAAAAUAUUUUUAAAUUUCUACCGACUUUCUAGACAAAUUCAAUCAUUGAUAUACCUGUGGUCACUUAAUAUGUGAUUUCUUUCGGUUUUGUUCAGUCAUUAACUGUGAUUCAUUGACAAAUUAUUUUUUUCUGCAAAUAGUUUGCGUUUAGAGUUACAAGGUUGGCAUUACUUUAUAUGUGAAUUAUGAAUGUCAUAGUUUCGAUCUUGAAGUGACCUUAGAUAAAUUUUAUUUAUCACGGUCAUUACACGUUUGAUGGUAGCAAUAUGUUUGUAUUAUGUUGUAAGUGUAUUUAUUGUUUUGUACACAAAAGCAGAAUAAUAAAAUAAAACUUUUACGCAGUAUGUAUAACACCAAUCAUAAAAUUAAACAAUAAUAAUUAAUUUAUGGGACAUCGUUAGCAUUUCUCUCGAAUAACUGUAAGUAACUUAAAACGGUACCUAAGAGUAACUUUAACACCAAAGCAUCAUCGGUAAACAAUUUAGUUUCAUAUGUACGAAGCGUAAUAAUGUUAUGGCAAAACUCUAAUUAGGAGAUUUUUGUUAAUAUUUAUUUGAAUUUCCAGAUUAAUAAUGGCUAAACGAAAAUAUAGAAAGAUGAGUGCUCAUGACGUCCCUUGUUUAUAACACAUGUUGUUCAUUAUAUGAAGAGACAAUGUCCUGAAUAUAUGAAACAAAAACUGUGUUUUUCGAACAUUCGUUGUUUCGUGUGUUCUAUUAUAAGAUAGCACGCAUUACCAAGAACACUACUUUGUACAUAAUAAUCUACAGUAAUGAAUAAUUUUUGUAGUUUAUUAUUAGAACAUUGCAUUUUUGUCAGUAAGUCAUUAGUGUAUUAAGAA